AUGAUUAAAAACUUUGCAAAAGAAACUUCUGAUACAAUUAAUUUGGGGUCAUCUAAUGAAGAUAAUACUUAUUUACCUCUUGAAUCAGAUACUUUAGCUCUAGCUCUGUCUUCUCUAUAUUCUCCGUCUUCUAAACCAAAAAUUAAAAAACAAAAAAAUGUUUUAAAUGAUAGCAAUAAAGAACCGAAAUAUACACCAAGACCUCCAGUUGCUAAACGAGAUCUAUCAGGGUGA